UAUACUGAAUUUCCAAAGAAAAUAGUGGCAGCACCGCUGAGAAUUCUGGUAAAAAAAGAGUAUCCAGGUUAAUUUUAUUGGAUAUUUUUAAAUUCUACAAAACCAUGGCCGAUAAUGCGGAACCACUUACUCUGGCCAGAGAUGUCAAAAGAUCGAUAGAGCUGUUGGAAAAGUUGCAGGCCAGUGGAGAUUUCCCAACAACAAAACUGGCUGCUCUGCAGAAGGUGCUCAAUUCAGACUUUAUGACUUCCGUGCGGGAGGUGUACGAGCAUGUAUACGAGACAGUGGAUAUCCAAGGAUCCCACGACGUCCGGGCGUCUGCCACUGCCAAGGCCACCGUCGCCGCCUUUGCUGCCAGCGAAGGCCAUGCCCAUCCCCGAGUGGUGGAGCUGCCAAAAACAGAAGAAGGCUUAGGUUUCAAUGUUAUGGGGGGAAAGGAACAAAAUUCCCCAAUCUAUAUAUCUCGUAUUAUUCCUGGCGGCGUGGCUGACAGGCAUGGUGGCCUUAAAAGAGGUGAUCAGCUACUCUCUGUCAAUGGAGUGUCUGUGGAAGGAGAAAAUCACGAGAAGGCCGUAGAACUCUUAAAGCAAGCUAUUGGAUCUGUGAAGCUGGUUGUGCGCUACACCCCAAAGGUUCUUGAAGAAAUGGAAAUGCGUUUCGACAAACAACGCAAUACCCGUCGCCGCCAGUAAAGCACUCAUUGGCCUAAAAACUAUUGCCAUUAAAGUUUUUAGCCACUAGUUCAUAAUGUUAAUCACUUCUGAAAAAAUCAAACGCUCUACGAAUAAUAUACAAAAUGAAAGUUAAUUAUUAUUUAUUACAAAAGUACCCUUAAUUUGUGAAAACGUGAAUGUUAUGUAUUUAUACCUAAAUACCGUGUUGGCUUUUGUUCCAAUAAAAGUACCAUAAUUGUCAAACAAAA